UGGCGGCAGUUAUUGCUGUUCUCAAUGGGGUUAUUGUGGUAGUACACCUGAAUUUUGUGAUCCGAAUCAAGGCACCCUAGCGUUAACUUUUGAUGAUGGUCCACAUGAAUAUGGCAUAAAAGCUACAUUCUUUGUUAAUGGCCACAACGAAAAUGAUUAUUGUAUUUUACGAUUUCGCAGAAAUUUUGCAACGACAUUUAAGAAAAUUCUCGGUGUUACUCCAAAAUAUUUCCGGCCUCCUUACGGUGAUGGCGUUAAUAAUGCUAACGUAAGAUCUGCUAUGUUAGCAAACAGAAUGGAUAAAUUG